ACGAUGUGCAGCCUUCCUCCACGUAAACAGUAACAGGACUUACGGCUUAGCGGACGCGAGGCUCCACCGGACUAUACUUGUGUGUACACGCAGGCUUUCUACGUGACAGGCUAUUACUGUACCUCUGCGCGUAUCACACAUCCUUCUCUCAGUCCACUUUGACAACGUGGCCAGCCGCGUGCUUGCCAAGGGUGACAUCUUCAACAGUUCUUGGGCUCAGUUCGCACGGUGAUUUCUGUAGAUGUUGGGAACGUUUGCUGACCUGAGGGUUUUUUUUAUUUGAUCUCGUGGUUAUUCAUUCGGAGAGCUGAUAGCACAGCAAAGGCAACGUCAUCGGAGUCGACCUUGUCGCUAUGGAUAUCUUUACAAACACGCCGGUCUGCCCGGAGAGAAGCACAGUGAGAUAUUGCUGUGCGUCCGAUGGAAGCAUGUCUGUUAUCUCGGAAAAGUAAAACAUUCUCCUUCAGAUAAGCAACAGAUGUUAACAGCAUAGACCUGCAGUUCAGGGAUGUGAUUGUGUUAUAAAAAUACAUCGAAAAAAAGCGAAGACCGUUUCAUGUUUUGGAACUUGACAAUUAUAGUUUACCAAACAAUACUUAGUAUCUGAAAAUAAUUCGAAUGUUUUUGGCUAAAAACCCCAAAAAAAACUUUUUGUGGCAACGAAACUUGGGGGGGGGGGGGGUGGAAAAACUUUCAUUUCAUUCUUUAAUUCCUCUUCGGGGCAUGGCAGUUGUUGGGUCGAUUUAGUGGAGAGUGUACAGACUUUUUGUGCCUUGAUUUGGCUCUGUGAGCAUGGCCAAAGCUAUGCUGUGGCAAGAUAAACGGCGCCGGAGGCAGUACAUGCUGGGGAGGUCUGCUUCAGAACGGUCUCCAAGCGGCGUGGUGCUGGUCAAGGUUCACAGAGAAUGUCCACUUGUUGACCCAUCCUGUUACACUGCAGACGUUGAGACAGACCCGCGAGUGCACUCUACAGCACCCCCAGGAGCACGGUACGUGGGUUCAACAGAGGUGACGCAAGGACACAUCUUGGCAGAAACCUCAUUUUCACACUAUCAGAUAGUGGACGGCGUCACCACCUCCCAUUCUACGACUGACGACGCCCUUGGCAUGAGCAUGGUGUCCCGGAGUGGCAGUCCGGGAUGUGAAGUGCAUGGGGCGGCCGCCAAAGGAGACUUGAGGGGCAGCUGCCUAUCGUCAUGCGAGGACUCUGCUCAAGGUGGCCGUCUACCCAGCAAUGAAGUGGUGACUGAAGAAGCAGCAGAGACGGUGGAAAGUGAGGGUGAGGGUGAGGAUCGAGUUGGGGAGGUUCUUCUUCGCGAUCCACGAUUCCGCACAGCCUUGCGCUCACACUCGCCCACACGUCGGCAUACCUGGGAACCGGGAAAGCGAGUGUCUUGGGAAGACACGGUUGGCCACCAAAGAGGCUUUUUAAGAAGACCACUGUCUCACAAGCGGAGCUUCAGUUGGUGUCCUGUUAUCUUGGAACCGCAGGAGAACACUCACCAUUUACACAGCAUGAGCCUGGACCAGCUCGAUGCAAUGAGCCAGGUCAAAGAGGAGGCAGGACAGUGCGUCCCAGACGGGUCCACCCCAACUCUUCUCGAUUUACGGAGGACCCUGAUGAUGGGAGGAACUCGUGACAAGCGAGAUAUGCAGACUCGACAGAUGGAGAACUUCAGGCACAGCAUGAGCUGUAUUGCAGAGGCUAAAGAGUCUCACACACAUCUCAAGAAUGUGUGGAUGCCCAACGCCUCGCUCCGACACCUGAACCAGACCACACCCAUCUCCCCCCUCUGCCGUUCCACGAAACCAGCUGCUGACAGGAUGCGGAUAUCACUGCAGCCAAAUGGUGUCACGGAGAACAGUGCUCAUGCCACUAGCUGGCUUGGUUCCAAGGAAGACGGAAUGCAAGCCGUGUACGGUUCCAAUAUCUCACUCUCCGAGGACAGGGAUGAAGCGGAAACUGGAAGGAAAGGCUCUAAGAAGUCCGAAGAGAAGGGGGGAAUUGGUCGGACCUUCAGUUUUCUGAAGAAUCGCAUGUCCAGCAUCCGUGAGAAGAAUAAGGGGAAACAAAAAGAGAAGGAUCGACUGAAAGAGCGUGACAAGGAAAAAGGGCCACAAAUGGGCACUGGCCACCAAUUUGAGGUGGUAAGCCCUCCACCUAUGUCGGCGCAUUGUCGUUACUGUUCCGCCAUUCUGAAGCACAAGGAAGCCAUGCGCUGCCAGAAUUGCAGCGUGAUGGCCCAUAAAGCAUGCAAAGACAAAGUACCACCCUGUCCUAUGAACAAGCUCAGGGAAAUUCCAAGCCCGAUGCAACUUCCAGAUACAGGGAAGCCUACUUUUGCAACUAUCUCAACAACACCACAAAGGCGUGAGCGGCCACGCUCAGUCGUGCUACCAAAUGAGGCAGCCGACUUAAUGUUCUCGGACCGAAGUCAUACCUUUCGUACCCCCAUCAGCAGCUCCACACUCUCCAAGAGUGUGUCGACUAUCAACAUGGCAGGCGGGUAUAUGGAUAUGGAUAAAGGUGUUCACACGCUUCUUGGGAGCAUGUCCCAGUCCAUUGACUCCCUCGUCCUGGCACACCAAAACAUUGGUGUCUCCAUGGAGUCUUUGACGGAUGAAGGAGAUAUGUCCUUGACAAAUUUAAUGUACGACUUUGAGAUGGAACAGAAGCUAUUUGAAGCCGAGUCAUGGAGUGUGGCCAUGGAUGAGAAGUUUGUCAAGAAGCAGAAGAAGGAUAUUGUCAGAAGGCAAGAAGUUAUUUAUGAGCUGAUACAGACGGAGAUGAACUAUGUGAGGACACUGCGUAUCCUGUCCGAGGUGUACCGGAAAGGCCUUCAGAACGAUGUGCAGCUAGAUCAAGUUGUGGUGGAUCGUAUCUUCCCCCGGCUUGAUGAGCUCAAUUCAUUUCACACGCAAUUCCUAGACACCCUGUUGACCCGUCAGAAGGACAGCCUGCAGCCAGACAGCCAGCAAAACUUUGUCAUUCAUCACAUCGGAGACCUUCUGCUCGAACAGUUUACAGGUGAUCUGGGUGUGAAGAUGAAGGAUUUGUAUGGGGCCUUCUGCAGUAAACAGAGUGAGUCUGUCAGUAAUUUCAAAGAACUUCUGACCAAAGAUAAGAAGAUGCAGAUUUUCGUGCGGAAGCAGAGUAAGAAUCCACAAGUGCGGCGGAAGGGCUUCCUGGAGUGCGUGCUUCUCGUUACGCAGCGAAUCACCAAGUACCCUCCACUCCUCGAUCGUAUUCUCAAGUACACAAAAGAGGGCAUCUCGGAGCAUAUGCACCUGACACGUGCGGUGUCCUCGCUUCGUGCCAUCCUGAGCAAUGUGGAUGAGCAGGUCAGCCAAUACCGCAAGCAGCAGCGCCUAGAGGAGCUGGUUGGGCGCAUCGAGGCCAAGGCGCACACAACCUUCAAGAGUGGCCUUCCCUUCAAUCGCGAUGACAUGCUCACCAAUGAGCUGAUCCAUGACGGACCACUGGUGGGAAAGAUGGCUCCAGGCCGCACAAAAGAUAUCCAUGCUGUGCUGCUGAAGGAUUGCUUGAUCUUCUUGCAAGAGAAAGACCAGAAAUACGUCUUUGCGUCACUGGAUCAAAUGCCAGCGGCCAUCUCUCUCCAAAAGCUGCUCGUGCGGCCAAUGGCAAACCAAAGCUGUGGGCUCUUCCUCAUCAACACAACACCUCCAGAACCUCGGAUGUUUGAGGUUUUUGCCAACAAGCGGGAUGUGAGAAACAAGUGGUACACUCUGCUACGGCAGGCUGUUGACAGGUGCACUUUGAAGAGUAAAGAUUAUAACGCAGAAAUGCCACCAAAAGACUUUCAAGAGAGCAUGGAACGCUUGGUGAUGCAAGAGCGUGUGCCAGGUGAGAGGCCACGGUCUUGGGCGAAGGUGUCAUCGCCAACUGAGGUCAUGGGGGACAGCCGUGUGAGGCUGUCCUCUGACAACGAGGCGUUGAGGGGUAGAAAUCCAGAUCCAGUACCAACUGAUACCAACACAAACCUAUCUAAGGCCAUGGAAAAUCUUGAAUAUGAAGAGGAUGUGGAGCUGAUCGAUUCGUACGUUCGUGGACCAAGUGAUGGUUCAAAUGAUUUUCUGGUGGAGUCAAUGGAGGAGCUUUCAAACAAAACCAAGAAGGAGCUUCUCCUUGGAGCCAGUAAGGAUGCAACUUGGCAACAACUAGCCCAGGAAGACCAAGAAACAGUUGCAGGUUCAGCAGUUGAGGCAAAAUUUAGAGAGGUGCCAAGUGACCCUGUAUCUGAUUACACUAUACCAUUACGCCCAACAGUAGAUCAGAGCUCCCAAACGACUGAUUCGGAAGAGACAAAGCAAGAAAAUAGCUUCGAUGUGUCUGAAGCAUUGUUAAAAGAAAACUGGACUAAACUACAAAAAGAACAAAAAAUACUUGAUGAAGAAAAAGCAAAGGUUGAAGAAGAGAAAGUAAAACUGGCAAAUAAAUUAGAAAGAUUGAGGCUGGAAGAGGCCAAAGUUGAUCAGUUUGCUGUGGAACUGCAGGAGCAAAGGACAUUGCUUGCUAUUGAGAGGGAAUGUAUUCGGAAUGAACGCACUGUGCUGGAGAAAAAAAUAGCCAAGUUGAAAGAGGACCCUUCCUGUAAGGUGAUACACUUUCUGGAAAAGAAGGCACUUGAGAGUGACAAUACCGGUUGGCAACAAGAUCUGAUGAAACUUAUUCAUCGCCAAUACAAUCUUAAGGUGGUUACAAAAGAUGAAGGUACAGAAAGUGACAUGGAAAAUGGCAAAGGUGCCGAAAAAGAGGAUAACAGUUCUAUUAUGAUUUUUAAUGUUGAAGAAAGUGAAGAAAAGCGUGAGGAUGUCGAUGUUGAAGAGAAUACAGUGGAGACAUGUCAGAAUGAGAAUCAGACAGAAGUAAGUAAAGAUCCCUGUAAAGUAGAACAAGUAAGUGAACUAAAAUUGGAAGUGGAUGAAGAUGCAAUAGACAUGUUUGAGAUGGAAUUGGCAGUAAAUGAAGGAAAGAGUUUGGAAUCAACUGACACACACACAGUAGAAAUAGCCAUAUUAAAAGAGGAUGCUAUUGAAAAUGACAUGAAAGAAAUUAUUUUGGAAGGUGAAAGAGGCACCGAGUCUCAGCAACUCGAGUCAGAAGUAGAAAAUGAAAUAAAAAAGAACACGAUUGCAGAUCUUUUGAUAUUAGAACAGGAAACAGAGCCAGUGUCAAAUUUAUUGCGGCACGUAAGUGAGAAGGUGGCUGCAGAAAAUGGAUGUGGAGAUUCUGCUGGAAUGUGUGCAGAAUAUGCAGCAGAAACUGAAUGUGAUCAGAUGUUGUGUGCACAAGUAACAGAAGACACUACGAGUGAGGUUUUGUCAGCAGAGGUAUUUGAGCUUGAAAUUGAGUCUUCAGUAAAAAAACAGGAAGUGACCAGAAGCACAUUCCGCCCAGAUGGCUUUUUAAAAAAGAGAAAUUCAGAAAUACGUGGUAAAGGGUCACAGUCAAGUGAUCAGACCUGUGAUCAGCUAAAUGAGGAGGAAGGGCAAAUAAACAGAGAUGCAGAAGAGCUGGAGACACACACGGAAGAUCAUAGUUUGUUCAAUCCUGAGGAAGAAUUGCUUCAGGACUUUGAGUCUUGUCAACCUACUAUGCCAGAAGCGCAUUGUCAGCCUACAAUAAAAGCUGAACUUGAUAUAUUCGGCGACUCAACCUCUGACGCCAUGCAUGAAACUGUCACAGAAGACAUCAGUGUGAACACUAAAGAGACGAAGGAAAAUCUGUCUGACUUUGACACCAUUGAGACAGACCAGGAUGACAGGAAUAAUCAGUCGUCAGAAGCUUCAGAAAGUCUGGUAGUUGAAGAAAAAGGGUCUGAUGUCGACAAUUGUACGAUUGCGAGUAAAAACAAAGACGCCACGGAAUCAGCAGGAGUACGGCCAACAGACCAAGGUGAUGAAUCGAACAUAUCUGUGACUCUGAACCAAAGUGAACAAACAGAGCUUGAGCCUCGUGCUGCGGAUAUAUCACCAGUUGAUGGUGAUUUUGUAAAAGGGUUGGUGGAUCAGGAUGGAAUGUACUGUACAGAUGCAGAAAGUCCAAGUGCAGAUUCAGUCGUUGCUGAACUGGCACAGAGUUUGGAUCACCUUUCCCUCCUAGAUUGUAGCCAACAGACAUACCUUUAGAAACAUUGCCUGCUUGACAAUGAUAUUGGGUUUCACAAGUUAUAUGCAUAUAGUUUCCAGCCUUAUCCUAUACCCAUCUGUGCAUUUUUAUAUUAACUUGCCAUGUUUAUUCUACAUCACAUGCAACAUAUGUUAUGGGGUGACUUAUGUCAAGUCUGUUGACUGCAUUUGUUCUUUUGAUGAACACGUUUGUAUUUUUUAGAAAUAUUAAUGAUAUAUGUAAAAACUUAAAAUGUUGUUUUUAAAUGCUGUACUAUACACUUCCCAUCAUAUAACACUGUGGUAAGAUGUUUUGAGUCCUAAAAAAAUAAUCAAAUAAUUUUGGUUACUCUAUGGAAUCAAUUACAACUAGCGGUGAUAGACUUGUUGGUUUGCACUCGUAAGAUGCACUUGUUUGUAAGAAAUAUGUAUGAAAGAAAUAUGAAUGGUUGAAGCAUGAUAUGUAAAUCCACAGAAAAGUAAUUACUUGAGGGGCUUUAGAAGUAAUGGAUAACUUGUACAAACACUAGAUCAAAUGUUUUGUUACAUAAUACAGAUUAGUGUGGAGUUGAUUUAUGGAAAUGUUUGGGGUUUUUUUUUGCUUUUGAGGGUAAUUGCAGACAGCAUCUCUAUAUUAAAACGAUUACUGGUGUUGCACACCAUUAUCUCCCAUUUAAAAUUAAGAUUUUGUACAAACAGUAUGAAAUAGUAAUGUGGACAAAACAGCAAUAAUUAAUGUAUUAUUGUUGAUGGGACAUAAGAGCCAGCGGUCUGUUCUGGUACUGAAAAUCACUUCAGUACCAUUGCAUUCUGUGUAAUUGGAUACUGUAAUUGCUUGUGGUUUUGUAUGUACAUUGAUAAUGUCUGAGGUCUUGGACAUAUUGUCUUGUACAAAACAUGUAUAAACGCCUUUUCAUCCCAUGUUUUAUAUUUUGUAAAAAUGAAAAAUUCUUUAUAUGACAAACCACUUUAUUGUCUUUUUUAAGUAUUUUUGUUGAGUAUUUAUAUAAUUUUUGCUUAAUUUUUCUCACAUACCAAGUAAUUUUUCUGGGUAAAGUUUGAAACUAUCAAUCUGAAGUGUCUUGCAAUUCUACACGUUCCUUUCGAGUUAUAAUUUCACAACAUGAAACCAUAACAUUCUUAAGGAUACACAGUGAAUUAGCAUAGGGUAAGUAAUAUAUAAACGGAUAAUACAAAGCAAUACAGCUUAUCCAUUUUUCUUAAAUCUUAAAGCUCAAAACAGAUUUUCAGAGGAUAUUCUUUAAACCAAUAUUUCAAGGCUAUGCAGAGAUCAUUCAGUUACAAUUCAUUAAUGACAACAGCUCUGUUAAUUUUGAUUUAAAGCUUUCGUGACUGCAGGGAUUCAUAUUCUUGGUUCUUUCGCUAAAGUAACACAGAAGGGAAAUGUGACUUUACCGAAAGAACCAAGAAUAUGAAGCUCUGUUAAUGUAGGUCUUUCUGUACAAAUAUAUGAGCUGUUGCACGGCUACUGGUUUGUUGGAUUCUAUUAUAUUUUAUACGGAAUGUACACUGAUGCCGUGUUAAUGUACACCAACAGUAUACCAUCUUCCAUUGAAACGUAACACUGAAUUAUAUUCUAUGCAUUUCCAGAAAUGGCGAGUUGGGAUCAUUGGCUCCAACGGGUAACUAAAAAUUACACAUGGAACUUAAAUCCAAUUAUCCAAUACAUAACGACCAUACAUAUGUUGCUUGCUGAGAAGUAACUCAUUUGGUGGAGCAGCAAUUCUCCAUGUAUCAUGAACUUAAAUCUGGCCAGGUCAAUAUCUUAUCAAUCUGAGCUCAUUACAAAUUAUUACCAUUUGGAGGGAAACUCAUACGUUGCAGUUCAACAUACAUAAUGUGCCCUGACAUGGAAACAGUUUCCCCGCAUAUGGCUUGGAGCCAUAGUUAAGAUGAGCAUCACCAACAUUUCUCCAGAACUUGGGGGUAAUGUUGACUUCUAAUACAGUGUCACUUAGCUAUAGUUGCCAACUUAGUUUGAUGGAAACUGCAAAACCUUGCAGUAACAGUUAUCAGGGAUUAUGCAUAAACAUCACACCAAUGGAAAGUGUAUCGAAUCAUUGCUGAGUUUUAGGAUAUAAUUAGUUUUUACUCAUUGAUGGUGCUGUGCAAUUGCCUCUGUGCUUUUUGGACUUUUCUCCGUGUGACUCCUUUUUUAAAGUUCAAGGACACUUCAUCUCAUAUCUUCAGCCGAUCAACAUUUAUUUAAAUUAAUCUACAUUGGAGACUCAAAACUCUCAGGCAAAAAGAAAAAUACCAAAUGAAAACAUGUUUUUGCACACAUCACUAUCUUAAUAAAAAUUUUUUUAAAAAGCUUGUCCAAUAUUUUCAACAGACCUAAAAUUGUUUACAUAUGAAAACUGUAUUUAGUUAAAGCUAAACUUAAAUUAGUGUUUAUAUUACAUUAAAGUCUAACAGAUUUCAUAAUAUUGUACAGUAAACAUGUAUGAUAAUGUAACUCCCCUUUUCUAGUGACUGCAUGGUUUUCCUCAUGAUGCCUAUUGACUUGAUUUGAAGCUUUCGUGACUGCAGGAAUCCAUACUCUCUGGUUCUUUCGGUAAAGUCACGUAGAUAGAAAAAAUAAUACAAUAAAAGAAAACACGACGUUUCGGGUCGCAACACAAGCGUCCCCACAAACCCUCCCCCCCCUCUCCCCUGCGAACUCCCACAGCCAAACUCCUUCCCCCCCUUACCUCCCGUGCCUAUAUAAAGCCACAACAGCAGAUCAUUUUUCCACACCUGAAGACGGACGCUUGUGUUGUGACCGAAGCCUAUUUUUUUCUUAUCUACGUGACUUUUUACCGAAAGAUCCAGAGAGUAUCCCUAUUGACUGUUGAUGCUGUUUAGACUUGUGGCAGAAGGGGCAUCAGCACUUUCCAUACAUAAAGUACUGUAACAGAGUAAUUCCCUGCUGGCCAGGUAAUACACGUUCUGUCAUUGAACUCCCACUCAAGUCGUUGAAGCUGUGUGGGUACAUGUGUAAGGUCAUGCAAAUCCUAGUGUCCAAUCAUGGGCGUUUCUGACGUUGAUCUUGAGCAGUGCAAGUGGUUAAUCAACCACGAGUUGAUUUUUGGAUUAUUCCAAAUCAUUAAACAACUAAAAACUUGCCACUAAUGUGUCAUGCACUGUAUGUAGAUGUAGUUAUCAGCAAUGUACGUAUUCUGUUAAAUAACUGAUCACUCGUGAAAUAUCCUCUGUUAAGUGCCUCUGUGCUCUUUGUCACAGACUCUUUGCUGUGUAACAAGUGAACAUGGGUGUUCAAAUAAAGUACAUUUUGGAACGAAAAAUAA